AUGCAUCUCCUGUCUCUGAUCUCCGCCUCGUCGUGGCUGGUUGUGCUCAGCGGCACGGAGCCUGUACGCGCGGCCGUACUACCAGCGGCUAUCACAAACGCGUGGCGGAUACCGAGAGUGGCGUCGUGGUUCGGCGGCGGCGACGCGCGGCAGAAGGCGCUGGGUGGCCACACUCCGCAACAUGGCGAUAGCGGCCUUCGGUGGACCAGCAAAGGGUUUGCCUCGCUCGGCGACUCAUACAGCGCGGGCAUCGGCACACACCUCGACGGCGGUAAGGAGGCGAGCUGCCGCCUGGGGUUUGGCGCGUAUCCGGCCCUGCUGCACGUCGACCUGGGCCUUGACGCGGACGCGUCGGCCGGCAGCAACGGCAACAAAGGAGGAAAGGGCGACAGCAGCGGUGAUGCCAACAUGACGGCGUUUCAGUGGCUGUCGUGCACAGGCGCCACGACCGCCGACGUUCUCGGCUCGCCGUCGUCCUCCGCGUCGAAUCCUGGCCAGAUCAACACGCUCCUUACCGAUCCAGCCCUGGUUGCGCUCGACUACGUCACCCUCUCCAUCGGCGGCAACGAUCUGGGCUUCUUUGACGUCAUCAACGCCUGUGUGUUCCGCUUCUAUGGGUACUACUCGGGCACCUGCGAGGCUGCUCUGCGCGCCUCAGAGCUGCUGCUCGCCGAGGACGACCGCUCGACCGACCCGGCCUCGUUUUCUGCGCGCCUGACCGUGAUCCUGCUGCAGCUGCUGGCGCGCGUCCGGUGGGAGAAGCACCCGCAGUUCCGCAUCAUUGUCACUGGCUACGCGCGCUUCUUCAACGCCGAGACCGAUCUGUGCGACCGCGCGUCCAUGAGCAUCUGGUGGCACUACGGCAACGCGACCGGCGUGCCCGACAACGCCACCGACACCACCUACCUCACCAAGGGCCUGCGCCGCCGCAUGAACGGCCUGGUGGCCGGCGCGAACCGCAAGCUCAAGGCGAUUGUCGACGGCGUCAACGCCCGCUACGGCAACACGCCGCAUGUGCUGUUUGUCGACUACGACGACGCCUUUGAGGGCCACCGCUUCUGCGAGCCCGGCGUGGUCGAGCCGGACUACAAGCGCGAUGCGACCUGGUUCUUCCUCGUGGGAGGCACCGACAACGGCGUCGAUGUCCCUGACGAUGGGCCCGACAAGGGUAAGGAUGGCAAAAAGGGCAAAAAGGGCAAAAAGGGCACAAAGGACGCCGUCCCCCUCUCUGCACCGACCGUCGACCCCGACUCGUCCCUGGUCGACCCGCUGCGUUGCCGUGGACCAGCCGACGCCCGCGGCGACUGGGGCGAACGCGCACUGUGUGACAUGGUGCAGGCACAAGCUGCCAACCCGGCCCUGCUGCCGGUUGUUGGAUCGUUUGACGCUGGCGACGCGGAUGCCUCUGUGUAUGGCGACGGCCGCCUGGUGUCCCCCGAGAACUCCAUGUGGUACGUGCCGACGUACUACGGCAAGACGUUUCACCCACGCUCCAACGGCCAUAUGGCUGUGCGGGAUGCCAUCUAUCGCACCUGGGAGGAGAACGGCAUCUAG